GUCUCCGAAUAAGCUCUUCAGGGAUACCCUGCGCACCUCAGUGGGCACAAAACAACCGGGCCUUUAGCUUACAGAUGGGACCAGCAUUUCCCCUCGCAAUUUGGACGCCAGUCAAUGCGAGCAGAAGACAACGUCGUUGCGUAGCCACAAGAGAUGGGUACUUGCAGAAGGUAUGCUUGCCAUCGCGUGGCAUCUUUGACACCUGCUCCUUGCAUCACAGCAUACCAGACGGACAGCAGCGGCUGUCGGCCAUGAAAGCAUCCCCAUCCCUCAAACCCAGCAUUUUUUCCGUCGUACAGAACCUGUCGUGAUGGAAUUUGUUUGCGACCCGACUCAGUAUAAAUCAUUACCACGCUCCCAUCGGCUGCCCUUUGCGCCUUUCCCGUCUCGACAUCCAUAACCCGAGCUGCGACUUCACCCUACUGCAUGACGCUUGGUAUCACUCAUAUCCCUCUUCACGCCCGGGCACAUUACACUUCUCCAUCAGAAACAGCCGCCAUGUGCACUCAAGUCACACACGAAUACACUGUCUGCAAGCACAAAGUUGUUGAGCGGAUACCCUGCGCCGCCUCAAGACGAGGUCCUUGUGGUGUGUCAACGCCGAGGACGGUAGUGCAUCACUCCAAGUGUCAUAAAUGUGGUGGUGGAUGACCAAGUUGUUCAACUUUCCCAUAUUCACACUGGAUGGCAACAGCACACUGCAUUGUCGAUGUCUUGGAGUUCGUGGCUAGAGGCGUGGGGUGUUUGGGUGCUUUUUGGCUGGGUUGAGGAUAUAAUGGCGUCUCACGACUGGGUGCUACGACUAGGCAAGACUUCCCUCUGUCAAGAUAUCCUUUUUGCUAUAUACCAUGAUGAGUGAACGGCUGAGAGGCAGCAAGGAUUGCGUAUAUAUCGUUGUCUGCAUAUGAUUCCCCAAAACUAUAGAAUCCAGUAUAUUCGUUCAAGCGUCGCGUCGGUCUCAGACAGACCACCGAAGCCGGCAAUAGCGCGCGCAUGGUGCAAACAAGCACAGUGCGACACGUUCGGUCUCCGGCGUAUAUUUUCCCAUUCACUCAACUGCAUUGCAUGGGCCCAGAAAAAGCACAACGGAUACGGGAGCUCGUACAUGUUCAUUCAUAGGCCUCGAGGUA